UUAAGCGACGAACGGAGCUAACCGAAUUGCGCGCUUUCGAUGGUGCCUUUUCCAAACUUCCUGAAUCUGAUUCCUGGGCUGAUUUGAGCUGCGCCGUCCCUCUUCGAAUCGGUGUGCGUGCGUGUAUUGGGUUAGUUGACCAAGUCCAUUCCUCUGCUGCUGUUGGAUGCUGUCUGCUGUUUACACGUCAAGUCAAUGCAGCGGACGCUCUUGGUGUGCUUGCUUCCGGUCGCGAUGGUCGUAUAGCUUCGCGAGUUAUUCUCAAUUCUGAGCAGGAGUAACGGCAAAGGCAAGUGGUGACAAGUGUUAAUAAUGGUAUACUUUUUGAAGUUUUGAAAAAGAUUGAAGGUUCAAUCACGUGCGUAUAUCAGUUAUCUGUGCAAUAGUUCUAUACUCUGUCAAAAAUCGAUCAAUCUUAACAAGUAUGUUGUUGUUGAGCGAUAUGCCCAUAUUACAUGCAGUUCAGUGUAUGAGAGAAUCAGUGACGUCUUGCAACACUUUUGUAGUGGAGAAUCGGUUCUAAAAAGUAUACCGUUACUUCCAAAGUGCAUAAAUCAGUGAAAGAACGGAGCAAUCAUCGGCAGGUGUAGGGAGAGAAAGAGGAUCAAUAAGUGCUUCCAUACUGCGGCGAUCAGCAGAUGUAAAGAAAAGCGACAGUUCAUCGCGAAUCCGACCUAUCGUCAAGGCAGCCGGCCAGAGUAGCAUUCCCAAGAUAUGUGUCCCACCGUACACCAUCGAUGUAAGACAACCAUCCAAAGACCCAACAAUCCAUACGAUUUCCACCGAUAAGACCAGAUUCUCCAAAGAAACAACAUUCCGUAAUCCACGCGGCCCGUGAACGCAUCGCUUGCUCAGAUCAACAAAAGAAACGAACAGUCAACAGCAGAGCACCGUUGCAGGUGGCAAAGAACGUCACUGGACGCUCCUAGAAAUUCAUAUUCUACGCUGUAACCAGACUACAAGAAGCGGUAUUUAAAUGCUUGGAGUUAGGAUGCUGAUGCUGCACUAUAGCAAACACGGUGAGUGCAUACUCCAGGAAAUAGGUGCGGCGUUUCGAGGGGAGCAUGCGACGGACCUGUUGCUGAUCUGUGAUGGCAAGGAGACUGUGCGAGCACACAAACUUGUACUGGCGGCAGCCAGUCCCCUGAUUCGAAUGAUCCUCGAGGAGACACCUGUGCUGGAGGGCGAAACCACCGUGUACUUCCCAGAUGUACAAGUUUGCUACUUCCGCCUGUUGCUCGAUUUCCUGUACUCGGGUCAAGUGUACGUGCCCGCCAGCGAGGUGCGCCAUUUGCAAGAUCUCUUAGCCUUACUUCAAAUCAAACCCAGUAUAUGGAAGAAUUCCGAGAGCAGCAACGAUCGUGGGAUGCAGAAAUCGGCCCCACUGGUGGACAUUAAUCGAAAUGAAGGCCUAGGUUCGAACGAUCGUCGACAGAGGCGAGCGAAGAGCCAAGAUUUGUUGGAAACACAGCACGAAGGAUAUCGUGGCGGUACGUUGCCUCACAACAUUAGUGUCAAAAGCGAACGGCAUUCGGAUGGCAGCUCGGAGGACGGGGCAUUGGACGGUGAGGAUCCCGACUAUAUGGAUGAGGUGGAGGAGGCCAUCACCGAGAGCAACAACAACGUGCAACCCACGGUCAGCACGAUCCAGCCACACGGUGAUGACUGUGGCGGUGGUGGCGCUAGUGGCGAAGGUACCAGUGGAACCGUAGUAUUCGGCGAUGAGAGCGGAACUGCAGCAGGAGAUGUACAAAGUGAAUCGGGUAGCAGUAGUAGGAGUGGAGCCGAUGUGAUGCAUCCGGAGUCGCUCCGCUCGUUGGCCAUCGUCCACCAGUCGUCACGGGCUAGGCACACUGCGCCCCGCAGUGGUAGCACCUGCGAUGGUCUGGAGGAGGAUGAGGAUUUCGAACUGGACGUAGAGGAUCGGGUGCUGGUGGAUAAAGACCAGGUGACGCAGGAUAGCAGUGCGGUCAGUGGGACACAGACACGGGCGGUACCGAACCGGAAUCGGAGACGCAGCUCAUCUGAUCCUGUCAACCUGUCGAUCGUGAAGCAGCAACAGCAGGAUGUCGAUUCGGACGAUGCCAACAUUGACGUGGAGACGAUCAGCAAUGCACCAACGAAGAACCUAUUGCCGCCACGGUAUCUGGAUCCAUUUCGAACCAAGCGGAAAGCGUACUACAUUCACUCGGACACCGAGUCACUGAAGCCGCUCGAGCACGAACUACUACACGGAUCACCGGAUAACUACGUCGUGACACCGCACCGGAAGCGUCGGCCCGGCUUUCACAAUUCGCCGGCCCAAAACCCGCCGUUCGUGCCAAGCUACCUGGAGGACCUGCGAACCCGCAAGUGUUUCCUCUCUGCACCGGUAUCGUUCAUGCCGGAUACCAGGCCCCCAUCUCCCGUAACCGCUCGACCUUCUGAUCAUGGGGGUACUAGCCAUUCACCCACCCACAACAAUAACAACAACAACAACAACAACACCAACAACAACAACAACCGGCGUCCUCCGAGCGCCGACAACAAGCUGGCGGUGGCUCCGUUCGUGUAUCCUUGGCCAACCGCGGCCCUAGCAGCGUUGCCCGGUGGCCCCGCUGAUCUGCUGACUGUUCCGUACCUGCACGCGGCCAGCGCCAACACCGACACUAGUCCAGCCGAGUUGAUACAGCAGAUGAAGAACUUCGAGAACAGCCAGGCGGCAGAAAUGCUGAGUGCCCGUUCGGGAGCCAGCGGUGGUGCCAGCGUGGCCGGUAGCGGUGCUGGAAGCGUAGGAGUCAGCAGUCUGUCCGGGUCAGGCUCGGGAGCAACGGUCGGCAGUGGUAACACACCGGUCCGGGAGUAUCGCUGCGAAUACUGCGGCAAACAGUUCGGCAUGUCCUGGAACCUUAAAACGCAUUUGCGUGUCCACACGGGAGAAAAACCGUUCGCCUGUCGGCUCUGUGUGGCAAUGUUCAAGCAAAAGGCCCAUCUGCUGAAGCACUUGUGCUCGGUGCAUCGGAAUAUCAUCAACUCUCCUGAGUCAGGUGGCCGCUAUACCUGUUGUUUCUGUACGCUCUACUUCGAAACACUGCAGGAACUGGUGCGCCAUCUGUCCGGGCACCAUAACAACUUGCUUCUGAGCAAAAAUUUACAUGAAUGAUAUAUGGCGCCUCCGGUGGCAGCGACUGCGCCGACGACCGCCGGCAACGCGAGCCCUGGACCGGGGCACCACAAUAAUCCACGGUCUGUCGAUAGUCCACGUCAAGAUGCCGCAGAACUAACCUUCCUCCAGCGCUACUACGAACUGCAUCCUCUGCAUCAUCAUCGGCUGGAACUGUAUGCAACACUUUGAUGGAUGAAACCGUGGGCUAACUGAAAUCAAAACUACUAAUCGCAAUCAAGUAUGGUGUCACAUCAAAGCAUGGUAUUCGUGGAGGUUCGCGAUGAUCGUUUCAACGUACUGUGCGCGCGUCCUGUGGCCGAGUUUUGCAUUGAUUUUCCCUAGGAAGAUUGAACCGGUCAAAACUCGUGUCUCGCGCUUUCUCCCUCGAUACCCGAUACGCGUCUUGAGCCCUUGGCACUUACCUCUGGUUACAUCCCAUCUACUCCGAGCCUUCUUCUUGUGAAGGUUUCUUAGUAAUCUAUAGUUAGGAUUGGGCUGUGUGUGAAUGUGUGUUUUUUGUGUGAUGUAUGCCGUUUGUUGAACACACAAAACACAAACAAAAACACUCAAUGCAUUCUGGGAUACUUGUGUAUACGCGCAGCAAUUGCAAUCUUAAUGGCAUUCAGAUCCGUGAUUUGUCAAUUGUAAUACCCGCACCAUCAAAAGAAAGGCCUGAUCAGUUUGCACGAGUUUGCAGAGUGAUUAAAUACUUCGGACUAUUACUAUUCCAGUUCUUCGCUUCGCCAAAUCCCGCCUUGUUUAUCGACCAGCCAGAUCCACCCUUUAUCCGUCCGUUGGACAUCGGCGGCAGGCACCACAGUUUUCCCAACGAAGAAAUACGUAACUUCCCACAUUUGGUUUUUGUAAUCCCAAUCUCAGCAGUACAAGUCGUCCAACGCCGAAUCAUCGUCGCAAUGGUCUUGUGACCUUGUUCUGAAAUAUUUAAAGAUGAUACUACGUAGUGCCAAACGUACGUUUAGAAUGCCUAAUACAUGGAUAUUCUAAACAAAAUCCGGUCCGAUCCAUCUCAUUCGCUCCCAUGUUGUUCUCUUUUAUAGUUGUAUCUUUUAUAAUUCAACCCAUUACAUGCUGCUUCCCUUACUCUAACCAUCAUCAGCCCCUUUGCAUUGAACCUCCCUUCCUGCUCAUCUUAGUUUACCUGAGACGUCGGCGUGCGGUCAGCGGUAUUCCUUCGCAGGAGAUACAUUGCAAUAUCAUCAUCAACACGCUUCUAAAGAGUAGUUGACGUAAUUUAUUAAGUACUUUCUUGUUUGUAAGUGAACUUAGGCUCCACUGGUCCCGAGCAUAAUGACAAUUCCUUUCCAUUUGCUCUUCGUUCUCUUCUAGCAUCCUUUUUGGCUCUUCGCCGAUCGUCCUUUCUUCCAUAAUGAUGAUGCGUUUGGCAUAGGAUGAAACAUCAAUUCCCAACAUUAUUAUGGUACUACAAUAAUAACAUAUAGAGCUUUUGAUAGAUACCUCGAACUUAUCGUAGCUUAUCCGCUAACAAUGCUGCUUUGUCCAUCAUUCGUCGUGUGUUUGUUCUUGUAGGAUGGGUCUGUGUGCUGUGUUGUGUGCACGAGAUCACGCAACGCCACCGCCUCGAACGCAAUACUUACUUACGUAAAACUUAUUUUAUACCCGGGUGAGUUACUUACAAAUACGAACGAAUGACCGUGAUUCACGGCAUGCGUCGCGGAUCAUUAGAAACAAUUAAGGCAGGUGCUGGAAGGAUGGUAACCACUUGUGAAGCUAUAGAUAAGGCGAUCGACGCACACCAGCACAAAUUGCCCGUUUCAGACCGAUCAGAGUAGUCUAUAAAUCCUUCCAUUUCUCAUUCCCUCUGUAAAUCUUUCCUUUUUCUAUGUCACUUUCUUUCCCUGUGUCUGUGAUGUUUACAAAUUAUUAUCACAUAAUCCAUAUUAAUACAUCAAUGUUCUACACCGGAUCAUGUGUAUUUACCAUCAGAAAAUACCAAAAAUAAAAUCCGUUAGAAAGAGGCGCGACCCAGUUACAUGCAGUGUACUAUGUUUUCUCCUCCUUUGUUUCGUUGCCUUUACACGUAACAUUGUUGCAAACAAAUCGAGGGUGGGGUUCGACAUUGUGGCUAGAUCACCGAAAUUAGUAAGAUGUGUGACAAUUAUUAAUAGAUAAGGUUUGUUGGUAAGACUUACUCAUAAACGCAUCGAUCGAGCGGGAAACAUAAACCAGGCGGAGAGUCAAAUUCAAUGAGCACUUCGCGUCGUUUUAUGCAAAAUCGUCAAUAGAGUUGCUUUGUUAUAUUGUAGUAAACUGAUGGUACAAAUUAUGAGCGUAGUGCAAGUUAGAACAGUUAUUAGUCAUAUCGUGCGGUAUAUUCAAUCGAUAUUGUGUGUUCUGAUAAUCUAAUUGAAACCAGCGUUAGAGCGUUAGAACUUAUGGCAAUGGUCAACCCGAUAGCAAAUCUCACACACUCAUCAUUCCGUUCGCGUUGUUGACGAAUUUACGGGCAACCUGGACACUACAUCUGAGGGCAUUGCUGUCAGAUCCGCUUAUCCAUGCUUAUCGAAACGGUCGGUGGUUCAGCCGUGUCCUACAGCCCAUUUUUCCAUUUACCUUCUGCUUCGUAGCAACUCCACCUUACGCGAACUAGUACCCAUCUAGCAAAACAAAGAGAUCAACUAAAGACAUUCGAUUUUAAUAGGAGUUCAACGCUAAAGGCACAACAUGUACGGUAAUAGAUAGAUUACUUAUUCAUAAUGAAGUUAAUACGUAAGGAAGGGCGACGGUCAAGGCUAGCCCAUAUGUAUCCCCACUCAUACCAUAGUCAAGAUUACGGUAGACUUUUUCCGAUACGAAGCUUUCGCCAGCAUCUUCACGCAAUGAUAUUCGAUGAACUUUAUGUGGUGCUGGACGCUGCAUGACAAAACAAAUAUACUAAUUUCUUACUUUUAUUCGGAAUUUACACAAAAACUACACGCCAUAUGUUUGACGGGAAACAUAAUAAGCUUACAUCGAGCCCAGGCACUCAUUAUUUGGCGAGCACCACCGUUUAACACUUCGCGAUUUAGUGUAGACUUUUCCCUCCAGCUCAUGUGCUGUAUUCAGCUUGUCCAAUCCAAAGUAAUGCACAAUAUUCUGUAAUAUUCUGUAAGGUUCCGGAAGAAAACUAGGAUUCUGAACUUUAAUCAAGAUGGUUUCCUAAACACAAAAGCGAACCAGAAGGGCAAUAGAAACCCCUCAACAACGAACAAAAUUCAAAACGGAUUACGAAGUAAAAAAAAGCCAAUUUAAGACAAUUUUUCUGUAAAAAAAAAGACAACAUUAGAAGAUAAAAGUGAACGUUGUGAUGACACAAGUCCUGUAGGAAUAUGUUUGAGAAAAGAGUUUCCACUCCUAUUAAAACGGUUCGUGUUCAGUGUAAUUUUAAGGGGCUGGCACUAAAUUUAGUAAUGAGGAAAAAAAUGAACAUUGCUAGCAUCUAUAAGAAAUACUAUUCAUACUUAAGUAAGGCCUGUAGUGUCUAGUAAGAUCCUUCUUAUCGUGUCUUUCCAUUGUCUACAUUUUUUGUUUUAUAGUAUUUCAUUCCUUGUGUUUUUCUGCAUUCUUAAACAUAAGAAAUUAUAUAGUUAAGAGGAAGAUGUACAUAUAGCGAAAUAGUAGCAAAAAAGCAGAACCCAUCUGAUGUGUAGAAAUGUAUUAUUUAAUAAAUGCUUAAUGAAUCGAAUGAAAUUCUUACUAAUAUUAACUUCCUUCUGGGAUUUAAAGCAACUUAUUUCCGGUUCUUUUACAAUAGUAAUAUGCCAUAACCGAAACGAUUUCAGUUUAAUGUUCACUGUUUCGAUGCAAAAGGAAAAAAAUACUUGCAAAUUUUAACAUUGCGUAUGGUAAGUAGUCAAUCACCCAGCAAACUGCCCAAGAUUCGGAUCAAUUCAUAACAACAGACAUGCAAAUUUGUCGCACGACAUCUUUCCAUCCGGAAAUUAGCAGUUCAAUACGCAUAGAUCUAUGCUGACCAUAAAUAACAUCGUUCAUUUUGAUUACACUUUAUUCAACUUAUUGAAUUGAGAACCAUUUAUUAAUCAUCUUGACUCAUCAUUUCAAUUACUUCCCUAGCCGAUGCCUUUUCAUUCUUCUGCUAAGCUUUUUUUUAACACGGAGAUCAUCAGAAGAGAUGUAGAACUCGCGUAUGUGACAUCGGUCGGCAUUAUCCAUUUGACGGAGUACUGUAACUUCGUUUGUUGCUAUGUGUAUUUAGAAGCAUCGUUUGUGCUUGAUCCUGUUUAUUCUCGCUAUUAUUUUCUUCUUAGUAAAGGCUAUACAUAGAGGACAGCUUAAAAUUUAUUACUCGGUAUACUCACACCCCAGAUCGCAUAUACGAACAUGCAUAUUUUAAAGAGUUGGUUCCAUUUACAUGAUACGACAAUUAUUGCGAAAUUAUCUCAUUAGUGAAUGAUUCUUGAUCUGGUUGAGUAAAAUUUUGGUAUUCACUUUCAAUCGGGGUCAUAGGCUAUUUUUACCACGUAACAUGUUCAUUCUUUCUUGUUAAUCACUGUUUUGUAUUAACAACUAUGUAUUGUCCUUUAAGAUUUUCCAAUUUGACUUUAACAUUUGUUAUUGAUAGAUUGUUUAAUACCAAAGUCUUAUUAAUACCAAAUCUUCAAACUGUUUAACAUCGGAAUCUUAUUUCCGUGAAAAUGAAUGAGAUAUAAUCUUCAAACAGUAAACACAGCAUUAACGUCCAAGAAAAAUGCAUAACCUAAUCUACAACGGCUGAUUUAGGCUACCAGUUGGCAAGGGAUCGCCGCCAGUGUCCAAAUAGAUGUAGUACAAGAAACAGGAACAGAUAUAGUACUAGUAAUUUGUUCUUAUGGCCUUCUCUAUUUUUUCUGUUCAUGCCGUCAUAUUUUUUUUACAACCUUAUUUUGCGGAAGGAUUGCUCUAUUCUCUGUUUGCAGAGUAAACGACUAAUAUUGAUCUUUGAAUUUUUGGAAUUAUUUGCAACAAAUGUAUACUACUAGUGUACUAUUUUACUAUUUACUAUAAUACUAUUUUCAAUAUAGAUGUUUAGUCAAGACGGUUUUGAUCAUAUUACCAUGGAGCGUUGAAAUUUUAUUCAGCACCCAGUGCGAGCUGUAUGCGUCUCGCGAAAAACAAGCAAUGGACCGACAAAUUUGUAUAAAGAAACAUUGCAUUCAGUUCAAUCGUAUUCAAGA